AUGAAAACUAACUCUAAUAAUAUACUAAGAAGAUAUUAUUAUACACAUCUUAUUAAUAUUUUAAGAUUAAUUGAGAAAUGGAAAAAAGUACGCAAAAAUUUAUCAAAUAAUGUACAAAAUUACUCAAAAGUCAAGGUUAAUAAGUUAUAUAUUACUCAGAAAAACUUCCUUAUGAACUCAAUACUCCUAGUAAACCCAGUAUAUUUUGAUCAGGCAAAAAGGAAUAUUAAAAGUACUGAAAUCAAUCAAAUUAUGCAAAAUAUAAUGGAAAAUAUAAAUGAAUUGCAGGGAAUUACAGAAGACUUAAUUUUAACUAAAAAUUGUAUAAGUAAUAUAAAUUUGAGUGAAUUUUCUAAUAAUUUAGAUUGGUUCUCUCCUAUAAUUGGAUCUGAAUCUAAAAUAUCACUAGAUAAUUUACAAAUCUUUCUUGAUGAAUGGUAUGAAUCAAUAAUAUGCGACUUUAAAAUACAAAAAAGAAUUUUAGAAUUUAUCUCAAUAUUAAGUAGUCAAGAUAUUGAACAAAUUCAAGGAUGUCUAAACUACUUCCAGUUAUCCCCAUUUGGCGAUAUUUUCGAAUCAAAACAAAGCUUUAAUUUAGUAAGAGAUUCUAUCAGAUCUUUUAUAACUAACCGCACUUAA